ACGUCAUGCUGAAUGUAGCCUUGCCUUUUCAACGCCGUCGACUGCGUAUUGACCAACAAGCACCAUGCCUACCAUCACCACGAACCCUUCCUUUUAGCGACGCCGCAUCGCAGCCCCCGGAAACGCCUCCUGCUUCAGCGGAAUUGCUCGCUGGCUCCAUGUCCAUGAGUGCGGCUGCGCGAAUCCGCAUACCGUCUCUGCGCCCGCUCCGCCACGCCGCUCGGUGUUUGUCCACCUCCACCAUCCUCCUCCUCCUCAUCGUCGCGCUUCUGAGCAUCGUACUGAGCAGCGUGCCAGCCUCCCGCGCGUUUGCGUCUGCACAACAGAGCCCACGUUUGGCGCCGUUCAGCAGCUGUGACAACGCCUUGCCGCAAGGGCUGCGAACACCCAGGACAACGUGUUCCGUCUCCGGGGCCAGCAGAGGUUUUGCAUCAACGGCAUCCCUAGGAGGGUCCGACUCCCUGAGCUAUCACGCCAACAUGUCGUCCGCCAUCAAGGACGCCGUCACGCCGGCGCUGUUGCGUGAGGUGCGCGACUUCUGGUUUGAGCACCUAACGAAUCCCAAGGCGCUCAUCAUGCCUUCGUUUGAGGACAACAAACGCUGGUUCUUUGGCGGCGCCGCACUCGACGAGGCGUGCACGUAGGUCGCAGCCCCGCCCCCCCUCCCCCUUUGAAUUGGUGGUCCCAUGUUGGCAUACGGCGGGAUGAAAAGCUCACCAUGUGUGUCGUGUCUCAUAGCAAGCGGUUCGCGCCGACGCUUGAAGCAAUUCGCAGCGCGGGCGUCACCUCCGGCUCCGAGGUCCUGUCCGCCGUCGGCCCGCUGACGGACCCAUGCGACUGGAUGUCGCUCAUCAUCCUGCUGGACCAGAUCCCGCGCAACUGCUACCGCGGGGACGCGGCGCGCGUCGUCUUCACCGUGUUCGACCCGCUGGCGCAAGACGUGGCGCUCGCGGCCAUGGCGGCGGGCGUGCCGGACGGCGAGCCGCAGAUCCGCUGGCGAUUCGCGUACCGCAGCUGGUUCUACAUGCCGCUGAUGCACUCGGAGGACGCGGCGACGCACGACAAGGCGGUGGCCGAGUACGAGAAGAUGCUGGCCGACGUCAAGUCGCUGCUGCCUGCCGAUGGCGAUGGGAGUCGGACCAGCAGCUCCGCCGCCGCCGCCGGGGAAGACGACGAGUACAAGGCCGGGGCGCGGGAGGUGGUGCGGGCGGACGUGGAGGCGGCGACGAAGCUGGCGGGCAUGAGCCUCGAGUUUGAGAAGAAGCACUACGACAUCAUCAAGAGGUUCGGGCGGUAUCCGCACCGGAACAAGGCCAUGGGACGAGAGCCGACCAAGGAGGAGGUUGAGUACCUGGCCAACGGCGGCGAGACGUUUAGCCAGUGAGAGAGA